GUAAAGAAACAAGAGAUACUUGAGCCGACAAAUCUAAUAUUUUCUUUUCAUCUGUCGACGUUGAGAUCUUGUCUAUCCUAUCCGGUCCGUUGUGACAUCAACCAUGGAGUCCUCUUAACUUGUUCACUAAUCCACUCACUCGCCACAAUCAUUUUCUUCUCUUUUUUACCAGCGCCAAUGGAAGCCACAGUUUGCCCAGGAAGGAUUACCGGGAAAAUGGCCACGUUCGUUUUCGUUCUGCGGUUCGCGGCAAUGGUUUCCCAAGUAGGCAGGCAAGGCAAAAAAAGCCGUUUCGCCCUUCAGUCAGACCCGGUAAAACAGAAUCAAAAAAUUAGGGAUGUUUGCUUAGGUUGCCACUGAUGUAUUCUUUAUCUGAAUAAACAAGACAUCAAUCUCUCUCUCUCUUUUUUUUUUUGUCUCCC